UGGUCACACUGUCCCGCACUCACACACAGCCACCGUAAACAUUUUGUCGUAGAACCGAACACGUCAGCUACGCGGAUUGAUUAAAAAACAACUUUUCGUGCGCCCCGCAAAUCCGAUCCGUAGCAGCAGACCAUCCUGCGCAGUCCGCAUUCGAUCUGAAAAGUAUUCCCCAGGACUUGAAUAUCAAACGCAGCCGCAAAAUGGUACUCAUUGCUGCUGCAGUCUGCACGAAGAAUGGCAAAGUGAUUCUGUCACGUCAGUUCGUCGAGAUGACGAAGGCACGCAUCGAGGGACUGCUAGCUGCCUUCCCCAAGCUCAUGACUGCUGGCAAGCAGCACACCUACGUAGAGACGGACUCUGUGCGCUACGUCUAUCAGCCGAUGGAGAAGCUGUAUAUGCUGCUCAUCACAACAAAGGCCAGCAACAUCCUGGAGGAUCUGGAGACGCUGCGCCUGUUUUCGAAAGUGAUCCCCGAGUAUAGCCACUCGCUUGAUGAAAAGGAAAUCGUAGAGAAUGCUUUUAACCUAAUCUUCGCCUUCGACGAGAUCGUGGCAUUAGGAUACAGGGAAAGCGUCAAUUUGGCCCAGAUCAAGACCUUUGUGGAGAUGGACUCGCACGAAGAGAAGGUCUACCAGGCGGUUCGACAGACGCAGGAACGCGAGGCGCGUCAAAAGAUGCGUGAGAAGGCCAAGGAGCUGCAACGCCAGCGUAUGGAAGCCAGCAAGCGGGGCGGUCCCUCCUUGGGCGGCAUGGGCGGACGCAAUGGGGGCUUUAGCGCCGACAGCUUCGGCAGCAGCGGCGUGAGCAGCAGUUCCGGUGGCUCCAGCGCCGCCAUAGGGAUCACCUCCAUCGACGUGGACACGAAAUCCAAGGCUACUGCCAGUAAACCUACUUCGCGAAAUGCCCUUAAGCUUGGCGGCAAGUCAAAGGACGUGGACAGCUUCGUGGAUCAGCUAAAGAGCGAGGGUGAGAAGAUUGCCAAUCUGGCUCCGGCGGCGCCCGCUGGAAGCUCCAAUGCUGCCGCCAGCGCAAGUGCAGCAGCGAAGGCGGCAAUCUCAGCGGAUAUUCACAAGGAGAGUGUGCAUCUGAAGAUCGAGGACAAAUUGGUGGUGCGAUUGGGUCGCGAUGGCGGUGUGCAGCAGUUCGAGAAUUCAGGCCUGCUGACCCUGCGCAUUGCGGACGAGGCGUACGGUCGCAUCUUGCUGAAGCUGUCCCCCAACCACACACAGGGACUGCAGCUUCAGACACACCCCAAUGUGGACAAGGAGUUGUUCAAGUCACGCACCACCAUUGGGCUGAAGAACCUGGGCAAGCCGUUUCCCCUCAACACCGACGUGGGUGUGCUCAAGUGGCGGUUCGUUUCGCAGGACGAGUCGGCUAUUCCAUUGACCAUCAACUGCUGGCCAUCAGACAACGGCGAGGGUGGCUGUGAUGUGAAUAUCGAGUACGAACUGGAGGCUCAACAGCUGGAGCUGCAGGAUGUAGCCAUUGUCAUACCUUUGCCAAUGAAUGUUCAGCCCUCAGUGGCCGAGUACGAUGGCACCUACAACUACGAUUCACGUAAGCAUGUGCUGCAGUGGCACAUCCCUAUCAUCGACGCCGCCAACAAGUCCGGCUCCAUGGAGUUUAGCUGCAGUGCCUCCAUUCCGGGCGACUUCUUUCCCUUGCAGGUGUCCUUCGUUUCCAAAACGCCGUACGCGGGCGUCGUUGCCCAGGAUGUGGUGCAGGUGGACGGCGAAUCGCCGGUCAAGUACUCGAGCGAAUCCAUUCUGUUCGUGGAAAAAUACGAGAUCGUGUAGGCAACGCCGCAGGCAACCUAAGUAGUACAUAAAUACACCUAGAAAUCCAUUUUAUUUUUCCGGGGCGAUUCGAUUCGAUACGAUUGAUUCUACUGCUGCAGUAUGUUAUAGAUUAUUUUUAUAUAUGUUUCGAACUUUGGAUAUACAUAUAUGGCGCGAUCGGCUUCUCAGAGCAAGUAAUCCCAAAAAAAACUAAAAAUAUAUGAAAAAUCAUUAAAGUCUAUCAAUUAAACUAAUUUUGUGCACCCGAAGCGUUGCGUGCAACGGUAUAAAAUAAAUGAAAGGCAAUUAGUUAUA